AAAAAUUAGAAUCGAUACAAUUUGAGUUCGAGAUUCAAACAACAAACAACAAACUACAAUUAACAAAGUUUACAAAUUUUCUUAAUAAAACAUUCACCUAGUUUUCUAAUUAUUAAAGUGAUCAAAUCUAAUUCAUCAAAAUGAACAAACAAUUGUUUUUCUUCAUUUUCGUUUCAUCUCUUGUUCUUUGUGUUUCGUUGGUUCGAGCUGAGGAAGAAGAAGAGUUCGAAGAUUCGUUCGAUGGUCAACAAGAAGAGGCUAUUUUAGAAAGAGAAAGACGAGAUAUCUCAGCUGAUUUAGAAGGAGCCGAAUCAGCGGUUGGAGGUGCUGGAGGUGCAGGUCUUGCCGCUUUUAAGAAAGGUGCUGGUGGUGGCGGAGCUGCUGGAUACCAAGCAGGUAAAGCUGGAAAAGCUGGUUAUGCUGCUGGAGCCAAGGGUGCUAAAGGUGGUGCUGCUUAUGGAGCCGCUGGAGCUGCUGGUGGGGCUAAAGGAGCCUCUAAAAAAGGUGGAUUCGCUUCUGGAGCUUUUGGUAAAAAGUAUGGAAAGAAAGGAGGAUUCGCUAAAGCCGGUGGUGCUGGAUACAAUAAGAAAAUGGGUCUUGUCAAGACAUUCGGAAUGAGCCAAGGAUUCAAAUUCGGUAAAGCCGCUGGUUAUGGUGCUGCUGGAGGUGCUGUCGGAGGUAAAGCCGCUAAGGGAGGCUAUGCUGGAGCCGCAGGAGCAGCUGGAUACAAGGGAGGUAAAACUGGUGGUGCUAAAGGCUAUGCCGGUGGAGCUAAAGGUGCAGCUGGUGGUAAAGCUGGAGUUGCUGGAGCUGGUGGGUUCAAGAAAGCCGCUGGUGCUGCAGGAGCUGCUGGAGUUACCGCUGCAGGUGGCAAAGGUGGUUAUGGAUUCGGUCGAUAAGGUUCCCUUCAUUUUUUCAACUUUCCCAUUCUCUAAGUCACAACUAUUGUAAUAAAAAAUUUCUCGAAAAUUUAAAAACAAAAUAAAUUGUUACUUUUACUAUUUAA